AUGGCGGAGGACUUUGUGACAGGGAUGGCGACGACUGCCAUCGGUGCCUUCUCAGAAAAACUGUACGUCAGACAUGUCAUCAGAGAUCAACAUGUCUGGACUCAUGCGGCCAGGCCGUUCGCUGGCGGGAUCAACGCGAGCCAGGCCGGUCCUUCCGGAGGAGUCAACACCAACCUGCUGGCCGGUUCAGCCACUCGGACCCCGGUCCGUCCCGGCGCCGCCGCCGCCCCUGCAGCCCACCCCCAGCUCAACCUCCGGGAGAUGGAGCGUUUCAUGCCGAUCGCCAGCGUCACCCGUAUCAUGCACAGGGCCCUGCCAUUGCAUGCAAAGAUUUCCGAUGAUGCUAGAGAGACGAUCCAGGAGUGCGUGUCGGAGUACAUUCGCUUCAUCACUGGCGAGGCCAACAAGCGGUGCCGGCGGGAGCAGCGCAAGACCAUCACUGCCGAAGACGUGAUCUGGGCCAUGGGAAAGCUUGGCUUCGACGACUAUGUCGCCCCCCUCAGUCUGUUCCUGCAGCGCUACCGAGAGAGUGAGGGUGACCAGUGCAUCGGUGAACAUUUUCCGAUCGUCAAGCAUCGUCGCCACCCGCAGAUGAGUGACACCAUCUGCGCUCCACCGGUCCUUUCACGGCCUCUUGUAAUAUGCUUGUCGACGCUGCCGCUGCCAACUCCAUCGGGCCUCAUCAUGCCACCAACUGCGCCCCCUCCUCGCAUCAACCAUCUCGUUGACAAAGGCUCGGGAGCAGGCUACUUCCUCGGGAUGCACGGGGAUGGGGACGGUGCCGGGCCGAGCAACUCCGAGGCUCCGCCCAUGCUUGACUUCUUUCCCUAGAAGUCGUCGAGUAGCAUGUAUG